AUGCCUUCGCGCGAGUCGGCGAGAGCGUCGGAGCGAGGCGGCAGGAAAUCACCAGAGGCGGUCGGCUGUUUCACGAGUUGCACGUUUAGCGCGGGGAAGGCGUACGGAGGUGUUGCAAGGCGUGGCCAGGCGGAGCGAGGCGUGCCAGAUCUGGACACUUCUGAACCUGAAUAA